UCAUGCUACUGCCGCUAAUAUAUCCCAUACCAUUACCAAUUUACCAUCCCAACUAAAUACGGAGUAGUCAUACAGACUACUCAUUCAAUCUCCCCUUUCUCUCUCCUCUACUUCAAUUCCUCUAUAUGCACUGAACCACAAAGUUCCCUCAUUUGUACGAAGGAACUAAUUAAAGAAGGAAGCCUCCCUUGACAAAAAAUGGUGAAGUAUCCAAUCUAUUGGGUGGCAAUAUUAUUGUCAAUAUGUUACUCCACAUCAAUAGCAAAUGCAGAAUACCUGAAGUACAAGGAUCCUAAACAGCCAAUUAAUGCUCGAAUUCGUGAUCUUAUGAGUCGUAUGACACUCGAGGAAAAGAUUGGCCAAAUGACUCAAAUUGAAAGGAGUGUUGCCUCCGGCGAUGUCAUGAACAAGUACUUCAUUGGGAGUGUACUUAGUGGAGGAGGGAGUGUUCCUGCUGCAAAGGCCUCCCCUGAGGCUUGGAUCAGCAUGGUGAAUGAGUUCCAACAAGGAUCCCUCUCUACUCGCCUCGGCAUUCCUAUGAUUUACGGGAUUGAUGCUGUUCAUGGUCACAACAAUGUCUACAAGGCUACUAUUUUCCCUCACAAUGUGGGCUUGGGAGCUACUAGAGACCCUGAGCUUGUGAAGAGAAUUGGUGCUGCAACUGCUUUGGAAGUUAGAGCUACCGGCAUUCCUUAUGUUUUUGCACCUUGUAUCGCGGUCUGCAGAGAUCCAAGAUGGGGCAGAUGUUACGAGAGUUACAGUGAAGAUCCAAAAAUAGUGCAAGAAAUGACUCAAAUUAUACCAGGUCUACAGGGUGAUAUCCCCCACAACUCAAGAAAGGGUGUACCCUUUGUUGGUGGACAGAACAAGGUUGCUGCAUGUGCUAAGCACUAUGUUGGGGAUGGUGGCACAACCACAGGGAUAAACGAGAAUAACACAGUUAUUGACUUUCAUGGGUUACUUACCACUCACAUGCCUGGCUAUUACAACGCCAUUAUCAAUGGUGUAUCUACAGUCAUGGUUUCUUACUCCAGCUGGAAUGGUGUUAAGAUGCAUGCUAACUAUAAUCUCAUUACUGGUUUCCUUAAGAACACACUCAAAUUCAGGGGAUUUGUUAUCUCCGACUGGCAGGGACUCGACAGGAUUACUUCACCACCUCACGCUAACUAUUCAAUGUCCGUACUAGAGGGAAUUCAUGCCGGGAUUGAUAUGGUCAUGGUUCCUUACAACUACACAGAGUUCAUCAGUAAUCUAACCUCACAUGUAAAAGACAAUCACAUCCCAAUGAGCAGAAUUGAUGAUGCAGUUCAAAGAAUUCUGAGAGUCAAGUUUCAGAUGGGUCUGUUUGAGCACCCAUUGGCCGAUAAUAGUCAAGUCCACCAGCUGGGAAGUCAGGAACACCGAGAAAUAGCAAGGGAAGCAGUGCGGAAAUCACUGGUGCUAUUGAAGAACGGCAAAGCAGCUGAGAAGCCAAUGCUACCACUUCCUAAGAAAGCACCGAAAAUACUUGUUGCUGGAAGCCAUGCUGACAAUCUAGGUAACCAAUGUGGUGGAUGGACUAUUGAGUGGCAAGGACUUGAUGGCAACAACCUCACUCAAGGGACAACGAUCCUCAAAGCCAUAAAGAAGACAGUUGAUCCAAAGACGGAAGUAGUGUACCAAGAGAACCCUGACAGCAACUUUGUCAAGUCCAACAAAUUCUCCUACGCCAUCGUCGUGGUGGGGGAACGCCCCUACGCUGAGACAUUCGGUGACAGCUUGAAUUUAACGAUAGCUGAGCCAGGUUACAGCACCAUCAAGAAUGUAUGUGGGGCAGUGAAGUGCGUUGUUGUUGUCAUCUCAGGCAGGCCUGUUGUAAUCGAGCCAUAUGUUUCUAAGAUGAAUGCCCUCGUAGCUGCAUGGUUACCAGGAAGUGAGGGUCAGGGUGUUGCUGAUGUUCUAUUUGGUGAUUAUGGUUUCACAGGGAAGAGUCCUAGAACUUGGUUCAAGACUGUUGAUCAGCUACCUAUGAAUGUGGGUGAUCCACAUUAUGACCCACUUUUCCCAUUUGGGUUUGGACUUACCACUAAGCCUAGCAAGGAUUACUAGAAUUCAGCUCACUGUUACCUUUGGCCUUGAUUUGUAGACUUAGUGAUCCUUCUCAUUGUUCCCGAGCUGUAACUGAAUUUUCAUGUUCCAAGUGGAGCACGGCAUUUUCUUGAAAUAAUAGGUUGAUCUAUUUGAAA